AUGUUGGCAUGGAUUUCCUCUGGAGGUCAUACCAAAAGAUUUUUAUCCAAAAAACCUAGUUGCUAUAUUGACAUGAGCUAUAGCGAGCUCAUACGAGUUUGGGAAGAUUCCCACGUGUUUCUUUCGGAGUUGAAGGCUCUUGUUCUCAGCCAUUCUGAUUGCCUGAAAAAAUUACCCGACUUUUCCAGACUCCCAUCUCUCGAGGAAUUGAUACUCAGAGGCUGUAAGAGUUUGUCUUGGGAGCACUGUUCCAUGAUGAGACGGUUGGGCAAGCUUAAAUUGUUAGAUCUUGGGUAUUGCAAUUUAACUGAGGACGAAGUUCUUGCACAUCUUGGGCGUAUACGUACUUUAAAAUUUUUAGGUCUGGAGGGAAAUGGUUUCAAAUGGGUAGAUUUCCUCAGAGAUCUUUCCGAACUUGAAGAGUUAACUUUAAAUGAUUGCAAAAACCUUCAACGAAUCAGUGAUUUACCAAUGACUUUGAAAUUCCUGAAAGCGAAUUACUGCACUGCACUAGAAAGCAUUGAAUUUGUUUCACACAUGUCGAAUAUGAGAGAAUUGGAUCUGAAGGACUGCCGCAACCUCGACGAUAUUCCAGGCUUGGAAGACUCGUCAAAAUUCACGGAAACGAUUCAUAUGGAAGGCUGCACCAAUCUCAGUGCUCGGUUUAGGAAGAACAUACUAGAGCGAUGGGCCGUGAGCGGAGGGGGUGGCCUUUUCUUCUCUGGAAAUGAUAUUCCUGUCAAUGAGGAUGAAAUUGUCUAUAUCGAUGUGCCGUAUUCUGACAUAGGUGCCUUGACUCUGUGUAUCAUUUAUUCCUCAGACGACUCGCAGUCUAGUGGGAGACUUUCUUUGACUGUUACAAAUCGUACCCAGCGCACUGUGUUUUCCAUAUUUCCAAGGACUGUCUCCGGAGUGACUCCCCAUGAAGAUUAUCUCUGGCUUGGACGUAUACCAAACAAUGGGCUCAAUCUGAAAGGCGGGGACAAGGUUCAUGCUCGCGCAGAAUUUUUAAGAGAAGAGGGCAAGAAGCAUUUGAAGUUGAAGAAAACAGGACUCUCUCUCUCUCUCUCUCUCAUAUGUGUGACGUAA